ACUGACAUUUCCCUCAUCCUCCUUUCGACCACGGAUCCGUCUCGGCGCAGACGUUCCCCUAAUAGCGCGAGUGUGAUUAUUUUCUAUCUACUCGAUCUUCCCCCGUAUUUUUGAGUACGGCGAGUGCAUAAAACACGACAUAAACAAUGGCAGAUCAACAAGAGGGCAAGGACUUCAGUGAAGACAUAGCGGAGCAAAGUUUCGACAAGAACGGCGAAGCCGAGAGCGGCGGCAUCGGUGGCGGUGGAGACGCCGUGGAGAAUGGCCAGGACUCCCAAGAGGACAGAAAAUUAUUUGUUGGUGGCUUAAGCUGGGAAACUACUGACAAGGAAUUAAGGGAACAUUUUAGUACAUAUGGAGACAUCGAGAGUAUUAAUGUCAAAACAGAUCCCAACACUGGAAGAUCGAGAGGUUUCGCCUUCAUCGUUUUCGCUAAAGCCGAGGCUCUCGAUAAGAUUAUGUCAGCCGGUGAUCACGUUAUCAACAAUAAGAAAGUCGACCCUAAAAAAGCAAAAGCUAGACACGGGAAGAUCUUCGUCGGUGGUCUUUCGACGGAGCUCUCCGACGAUGAUAUCAAGAACUUCUUUUCACAAUUUGGAAACAUUGUCGAGGUAGAGAUGCCGUUUGACAAGACAAAGAACCAGAGGAAAGGUUUCUGCUUUAUUACUUUUGAAUCUGAGCAAGUUGUCAACGAACUACUCAAAACGCCCAAACAGACCAUCAAUGGAAAAGCGGUGGACGUGAAGAAGGCGACGCCCAAAUUGGACGGCAUGGGUGGAAUGCGCGGUGGAAUGAUGGGUCGAGGUAGAGGCGCCCGAGGUGGCCGUGGUCGUGGUUUCGGAAGUCAAGGCGGCUGGGGACAGGGUUACGGAGGCGGUUACGGCGGCGGUUACGGUCAAGGUGGCUACGGCGGUGGGUACGAUGGUUAUGGAGGAUACGAUUACUACGGCGGCGGUUACGGCGGUUACGGUGGUUACGAUUACAGCGGAUAUGGUGAUGGCUAUGGCUAUGGCGGUGGUAAUUACGAUGGUGGCUACGCGGGCGGGCGCGGUGGUGUACGCGGUAAAGGUGGCUCGGGCUAUGGCGGUAAGCAGAGAGGAGGUGGUGGUCGCCAAAACCAGAGGCACCAGCCCUAUUAACGAAAAUCCUCAUUCGCAACAGCAGUGCAAAUCGCGUUGUAAUUGCUGGUACUCUUCCUCACUCUACUACCGAUCUCUUCAUUCGUCCAAUUAUCAUUCCAUUAAGCCGCGCCCCUCCUAGCAAGAAUUUCGACAAUUUUUCGACAAUGUGGACAACUGCUAACCGAAAAUCACAAUCACCGAAACCUACGAUGGAAAUAACAGUAGCGAUUUCAUUUUGUAUUUAAGUCCAAUUUAUUAUUUUAUAUCUAUAUGCUUUCCUUUCUGCCGUUUGCAAUACGAGCUUGUGUCGGUUUUCUCUUUUUUAAUAAUGCGUUUGCGGUAGAAAAGCAAGCAUAUAAAAUCAUAAUAUAUAUUUUUUUUUGACUGUAAUGCCGAAUAAAACGAAAUGAAGUAUCUAACAGUAUAACAAUCCUACAAGAAGUAAUGUCGCCGUACGAUAGAUAUAUGAAAUGAAAUAAGAAUUAGUUGUAUAAAAAUAUACAAUGUAAGCACGACAACGUGCCUCUUCUCAUCGGAA